AUGGGAAGGGGAAACAUAACCAUCAUCUCUGAAUUCCUUCUCCUGGGACUUUCUGAACAGCCAGAUCAUCAGCUGAUUCUCUUUGGGCUGUUCCUGGCCAUGUACCUAGUCACCAUAUUGGGGAACCUGCUCAUCAUACUGGCCAUUGUGUUCAACUCCCAUCUCUACUCUCCUAUGUAUUUCUUUUUGACCAAUCUCUCCUUUAUUGAUACCUGUUUUACUUCUACCACAGUCCCCAAAAUGCUAAUGAACAUCUGGACCCAGCAUCAGAACAUCUCCUAUGCUGGGUGCCUCACUCAGAUGUAUUUCUUCAUGACCUUUGCUCUUCUGGAUAAUUUCCUACUUGCUGCUAUGGCUUAUGAUCGCUAUGUGGCCAUUUGCCUUCCUCUCCACUACACCACAAUCAUGAGUCCUGCACGUUAUGUCCUGCUGGUGAUUGUAUCUUGGCUCUGCUCCCACCUCAUUGCCCUCUCUCUCACUCUCUUCAUGGCUCAGUUCUCCUUUUGUGGAUCCCAUGUGAUCCCCCACUUCUUUUGUGACCUCCUACCUCUUCUCAAGCUUUCAUGUUCAGACACUAAAAUGUUUCAGGUUGUCAUGUUCAUUGAUGCUGCCAUGGCUGGUUUGGUCCCAUUCACUUGCAUUUUGAUCUCCUAUAUCCACAUUAUCUCCACAAUCUUCAGGAUCCCUUCUGCUGAUGGGAAGCACAAAGUCUUCUCCACCUGUGGUUCCCACCUCUCAGUGGUCAUUCUUUUCUAUGGGACUGUCAUUCUGGUGUAUUUACAGCCCACAUCCUCCUAUUCAGCAGAGAGAGGAACCAUUGCAUCUGUGAUGUAUACGGUGGUAACUCCAAUGCUUAAUCCUUUCAUCUACAGCCUGAGGAACAGGGACAUAAAGGGGGCUCUGAGGAGGCUGCUCAGCAAAGGAAUGUUUUCUUCUUGGUGA